CUCCUUCUACUCGGGUGAGCCGAGGUCCCUUCUUCCUCCAUAGCUUUCCCGCUUGAUUUUCUAGGGUUUGCUGCGUCUUCAGGCAUCUAUUAUCCGAUCCUCUCAUCUUCUUCACUGGUCUUCUUUUGCUCCGCCUUUGCGGUGGUUGAUGAGUCAUCCGGUUAAUCUUUCGGCCGUUGAAGCUACGCCGGAGAUGGAUAUUGAUUCUGAGUUCGGAAAAAUGAAUAUCCACUCAUCGGCGUCGGGGGAGGGCACCUCGAUGCAAAUGGAUUCUCAGGCAAGUGGAGAUGAAAAGGAGAAGCUUAUGGAGUCCAUGGACAAACUAAAUAUUGAGGAACCUUCAACAAAUUUCAAGAGAAAACCGGUUAUAAUUAUUGUUGUUGGAAUGGCAGGGAGUGGAAAAACAACGUUUCUUCAUAGGCUGGUCUGUCACACGCAAGCUUCAAACAUAAGAGGUUAUGUGAUCAACCUCGACCCUGCUGUGCUGACCCUCCCAUAUGGUGCGAACAUUGAUAUAAGAGACACUGUUCGAUACAAAGAAGUGAUGAAGCAGUUCAAUCUUGGGCCUAAUGGAGGAAUUCUUACAUCGCUUAACUUGUUUGCUACCAAGUUUGAUGAGGUCGUUCAAUUAAUUGAGAGCCGAGCAGAUCAGCUUGACUAUGUUCUUAUCGAUACUCCUGGGCAGAUUGAGAUAUUUACUUGGUCUGCUUCAGGAGCUAUCAUUACAGAAGCUUUCGCUUCAACUUUUCCUACUGUAAUUACCUAUGUUGUGGAUACUCCUCGUUCAGCCAGUCCAUCCACCUUUAUGAGCAACAUGCUCUACGCUUUGGAUACUCCACGUUCUGCCAGUCCCUCGACAUUUAUGAGUAACAUGCUCUAUGCUUGUAGCAUCCUCUACAAGACACGGUUGCCUCUUGUAUUAGCCUUUAACAAGGUUGAUAUUGCUCAACAUCAGUUUGCUUUAGAGUGGAUGGAAGAUUUUGAGGCGUUUCAAGCAGCAAUAAGUUCAGACAGUUCAUAUACAUCGACACUGACUCAGAGCCUCUCUCUUGCUCUUGAUGAAUUCUAUAAGAACUUAAGAUCUGUUGGAGUGUCUGCAGUUUCUGGUGCUGGGAUGGAUGCCUUCUUUAAAGCCAUUGAAGCAAGUGCUGAAGAAUACAUGGAAACCUAUAAGGCUGAUCUUGACAAGAGACGGGCAGAGAAAGAACGUCUUGAAGAAGAACGCAGGAAGGAGAGCAUGGACAGGUUGAGAAGGGACAUGGAGCAAUCCAGGGGAGAGACUCUGGUUUUAAGCACUGGUUUGAAGGACAAAGAUGGCAGGAGAAAGUCCAUGGUGGAUCCAGAAGACGAAGAAGAAGAGGAGCAAGGAGAAGAGGAGGAAGAUGAUGAUUAUGAGAGGUUUACUGAAGAGGAAGAUGUUAUAGAUGAGGAUGAGGAUGAAGAGGUUGCUAGGUUCUCCUUCUAACCAUGAGCCCUGAUUGCAAUCUUAACAGUAAAAUGAGUGAAUGUUUUCUGAUGUGCUAAAUUCUCAUGAAAACAAGACUUAGCAGCAACUUAACCAUUAACUAGGCUCGAAUUACAGCAAUUGAUAUCAUCGGAUUUAAGUUUUUGAAUUUUGAUCCUCUUGUAAAAGAAGGAAAAACUGAAAGCAUGGCUUGCGCAUAUCCUUUUGUAGAAAAUGGCUUGUGCAUAUGGUUUACUUUCUACUGCACUUGAGAAAAGGGAGUGACAUGUUUUUUGGCGCAUGUAUAGCGCUUUUCAAGUAAAAUUUCUACUAUUGCUUUUAGCUUGUAUUAUACCAAGGGAGCCUUUGCAUGGUAUCGUUGUAUUGAAAAUUUUCUCAUUUUUAAAUUGUAGAGAAAAGGUGCAGAUAAAAACACAAACUUUGA